AUGGAUAGCGUACCCUCAGAAGCCCAAGUUAACUCUACAGAUACAGUCGAAUCUAUACGGGACGGAGACAACCUGCCGCAAAAGGUGCGGAUCGGGUAUGCCGUAGUUGUGGCAGUUAUGGCUGUGGGGACUGUCACGGGAAACUUGCUGGUGUGCCUCACCCUCCGACAAUUCUCGAUGCCGGCCGGGCAUUCCUUAAUGAGCCUAGCCGUCAGUAACAUCAUCGUUGGCGGCCUGGUCAUGCCGUGUAGCUCGGUCACCGUCCUGCUGAGGCAAUGGGUCUUCGGCCCAGCCAUGUGCCUCAUUGUGGCUUUCUUAAAGUCAGUCUCCCUCCUUCAGGACUGCCUGACUUUCUGCGUCGUCGCGGUGGACCGGUACCUCACCAUCAAAGGGGUCCGGCUUGUCAGCACGCGCAGGUACAAGCUGAUGAGCGUGGUGUUUCCUUGGAUGGCAUCAUUACCGAUGGCCACCGCUCCGUUGUUGGGAUGGGGAGGCUACGCGUGGUCCCCAUCCAAGCCAGUGUGCUCAAUCGAUUGGUUGCAAAGCCAGUCUUACACGCUCGCUGUUUUCGCCACUUUUGGUUUCUUACCAAACGUGAUUAUGUGUACCUGCUACCUGAGCAUCGGCAUGUAUGUUCACAGGCAGAAGAAACGUAUGAAGAUGUCCACCAUUUCCGGGAUCGAGCCUGGUCGUAAGAGGUCCAGUUUGAAAUCGGGCUGUGAUCCCACCCCUGGCUGCGUCCGAAUCAGCCGCGAGGAGGUCAGUAUCAUCAAGUCCACGGUGGCUUUGGUCUCCUUUUUCUCCAUUGUGGUUAGCCCGUACAUGGCCACGCAUCUUAUCUCCCUCGGGCUCAACCAAGCACCCUCGCUGCGCACCGAGUCUAUCGUCAUGGGCAUCUUGUUCUUCGGGGCCUGCAUGAAUCCGGUCGUCUACAGCGGCAGCUGCAAGAAGUUCCGGCAGAUGCUGAAGAAGACAGUGACGAGGUUGUUCUGUCGUUGAAUGUACGCAAACAUCAAGACGAGCCAUGGAAAUGAGAGAGUUGCACGUUUCCUCUUCCUUUUGGUUAUGUGUUAAAUCCCCUCUUCCGCAAGUACUGUGCCUCUAUUAAAUUCUGCUUUGAUCCACUCACUUCUGCAUAAGAGGCUGGAGAACAAGUGGACAAUUAUUUACGGACAGGUCCUUUAAAGAACAUUAUACGUCCAUGAAACUAUCCUCCUUACACAAAGGUAUAGUGUACAAAUUAAAUACAUUUCAUACAGUGACAGGCCUUCAUUACUGAUAUUGAUAACAUUUUAAGAUAUAAGCAGAGUUAAGCACUUUGCAGUAGAUCUUUACCAGCGGAAAUCGCAGCGCAAAUCUCAUCAAGCGGAAUAAUUUUUGUUGCCUGCAGUUAGUGACUGCUGUUUUGUUUUAAUGUUUUGUCGGCUUUAAGUUUCGAACCCCAUCGGCCUUUGCAAGAAGGACAUUAGAGUAAGGACAUUAAAUUUUAUUGUUAUGUAUAGCGGAGAAAAUGUCAACAGUAUGCGUUAGAUGUAAUUUUGCCUUGUCACAAGUCCUAUAAAUAUCCCAUAUUAUGGUUGUGAACGCUUAGUGACUUUGACGAAUUGAAUUGUUAGCCGAGCAGUGCAGUAUGCAGUUGAUACAUUGGGACGAAAUUAAUCUGCGGUGACAGUGUACAUUCGGAAACGAAAAUCUCGAUCUUCUCUCCGUAUAGGCGCACUGAAUCACUGACCUGUGAAAAUCCUCUUGACUGUUUAAGGUGACAUAAUAGUCUGCUUAAAAAUUCUCCGAAAUCAUUCAUGACAUCUUUAUCAAAGUAAGAGGCAACGCUAACGAGUUUUGUGGAAAUUCAAACAUUUCAUGGAUCAAAUGAAAUUCCCUCCUACUAAUGCAGGAAUUCAGGCUUCCGGCGGUCAUGGAAAAAUGCUGACCGAUCGAGGGAACUGUGUCUUAGAAAUUCACGGAAAGUUUACGGAAAAUAGUGAAAAGUAAGGUUUCCUGGAAUUCUGUUGUCAGAUGGGAGAAAAAUAAUGGAAACUUCCCGUGAAAUCAGCAAGGCUAAUUUUGAUUGGCCCCUUUUGAUGUGAUAACGGAAUAAUACUACAGGCUGUAUCCUUGUCAGUCUAUCGGGGUGGCUACGACAGUCAAAGUUCAUGUCUAAGUUGUUGGAAGAAGCUGUAGUUAAUCAGUUGCAUUUUAACCUUAUGAAAAAUAAUUUGUACCCAGUUCAUCAGUCUGCAUACUGCACUCAUCACAUCACAGAAACUGCAUUACUAAAAGUUAAUUGGAAAGACUCUGUCCCAAAGAAGCACGGAGAUGCUGGUACACGCAUUUAUUACUGCAGUAGUUUAUGUUAUGGUUUACCAGAAACCCGAUAAGUAAACUUCAACGUGUUCAAAAUGCAUGUGCCAGUUGGUGAUUUUGAAGACUUCUAGGUUCAGCCACGUUACUCCUGUAUUGAUUGAUUUGCAUUGGCCCACGGUUAAAUUUAGGAUAAAGUUCAAAAUAUUGUUGAUGACAUAUAAAAUUUUACAUGGAUUAAGUCCAGAAUAUCUAACUAAGUUAAUCUAUGUUCGACCACAGUCUCGCUACAGACUGCGAAGCUCAAAUAAUGUGUCCUCCUCUCCCACCCCUCAGUUCGUAGCCGGGUAACAUUGUGGAAUGGUCUGCCCUAUAGUGUCAGGUGUGCCAGUGGUGUGCAGACAGUCAAAGUAUUGUUUAAAACACACCCGUUCACUUCUGUUUUUCAGUAAUUUCUGUGGGUAAUUUGUCCCAAUCGGAUUUUGUGUGUGUGGAUUUUUGUGAAAUGCUGUAUGCACUGUGUUUAGUUUUAGUGAAUUAAUGGCUAUUUUAAUGCUCAUUGUAUUCCAGUGUUGACGUAUACUGUAUUUCAA